AUGGGAAGGGGCUUUUUGCUUCUCCCAACUCCCUUGCUUAGCCGGCAGACGAAUUCACACCAUACUGUGCCCUUACUUCUAGAAGCCGUCACAUCGCCAGGUUGCUCAAUCCGGCCAACGUCCGACAUAUUGAAGCCAAAGCCAGAUUUACCACAAAGCACAUAUUGCCACAAUUCAAUUACCAUGCCCGACCCCUCCAGCAAGAGAGGCUCAAACCACCAACCAAACGAAUAUACUUCCCUCCUCUCCAGGCCUAUCGACGAUGGGCCACCACGAAACAAUUCCGAAGAAGAUGAAAGCCCAUUCUCACGAGCUCUCAUCCUCGCUGAGUUCUGGGUCUUGCUGAAAGACUCAACCCCCGUAAUACUAGCCUACACUCUGCAAAACAGCCUCCAAACAGUAUCAGUGUUGAUCAUCGGUCGCUCAUCACCGGAGAACCUUGCAGCAAGUGCUUUCUCGCAGAUGUUUGCGAUGGUUACAGCGUGGAUGAUUGCUUUGGGAGGUACCACGGCUAUGGAUACACUCGCCUCCUCCUCGUUCACAGGAAGCUCUAAUAAACAUGAUUUGGGAAUUCUGCUACAGCGGGGUUUCUUAAUCUUAGGUCUUCUUUAUAUACCCGUUGCUGUCUUAUGGGCUUUUUCAGAACCUGUUUUUUUGUUCCUUGGACAGGAUCCUCGACUUUCGCAUGAUAGCGCGAUGUUCUUGACUUGUUUGAUUCCUGGGGGUUUGGGAUAUAUUUACUUUGAGGUUAUGAAGAAGUAUCUUCAAGCUCAAGGAAUCAUGCGAGCUGGAACAUACGUACUGCUGGUUAUAUUACCAUUAAAUGCUGGUCUCAACUUCCUAUUCUGCUACACAUUCGAGAUGGGCCUCUUAGGCGCACCUCUCGCAACCGGACUCUGCUACUGGCUCGCAUUUGCAUUGCUAGUUCUCUACGCACGCUUCAUCAGCGGCUCAGAGUGCUGGGGCGGAUGGUCUCGUGAGACAUUCCAAAACAUUCAUACAUUUGCGCGACUUGCUCUCCUAGGCGUUGUGCACGUUGGAACAGAAUGGUGGGCAUUUGAGAUCGUCGCCUUAGCAGCUGGGCGUCUGGGCACUGUCUCACUUGCUGCUCAGAGUGUAAUUAUGACAGCCGAUCAAGUUCUCAAUACGAUCCCUUUCGGAAUUGGGGUAGCGACAUCCGGCCGCGUCGGUAGGCUACUAGGAAAACGGGACCAUACCGGUGCAGCGCGGGCAGCGCAUAUCUCUGCCGUGCUGAGCGUGGUUUUUGGCGGUUUUGUGCUAGCUAUUCUUGUCGGGACGCGCGACCACUUUGCCAAGAUCUUCAAUGAUGAUUCGAGUGUUGUGAGUCUUACGGCUGAGGUCUUGCCGUAUGUGGCGCUUUUCCAGAUUGCCGACGGGCUUAAUGGGAGUUGUGGGGGAAGUCUGAGAGGAAUGGGACGGCAGCAUGUGGGUGCUUUGGUUAAUUUGGUGAGUUAUUACUGUGGUGCAUUGCCGUUGGGAAUUUGGCUUGCGUUUCAUGGUUGGGGCCUUAAGGGUCUGUGGGUUGGGCAGUGUAUUGCUUUGUAUUUGGUUGGAGCUUUUGAGUGGGUUAUUGUUGCGCGCAGUCGGUGGGAUACUGAGGUGCAGAAGGCUUUCCAGCGCAUGGGUGUACAUGAGACUAUGGAGGAUGGGAUUUGA